GUUGGGCGCCCCCGGGGCGGCAGGGACUAAUGAGCCCAUGAAAUCACCCAUGCGCGUCCUCUGGGUGGCUCAGCUGCAUGGCGCUGCUGCCGCCAAGUGUUGCAAAGGGUGAACGUUAGGACCCAGGAAGUUUUGGAGGAGUAGGAGGGUUACUGGGUGAAAAGGAAGGAGCAGGCAGGGUACUGCACGGAGGAAGUAGCCUGCUUUCGUUGCUGCCAGUUGAACCACAGCACUUGAUAUGGCUUCUUCUCCAACUGUGCUGAUGCGCCUAAUGGCCUCUGCGUAUUCUGUUGCGCACAGAGCUGGAACGAUCGUCAGAAAUGUGGUAGCUGGCGGAGACCUGGGCAUAGUGGAGAAGUGUGGACCCAACGACUUGCAGACCAAAGCCGACCGACUGGUACAGAUGACUAUUUGCUCUUCACUGGCACGGAAAUUCCCCCGAGUGACAAUCAUUGGAGAAGAGGACCUGCCCUCUCAUGAUGUAGAUGAGGAGUUGAUUGAGGAAGGUCAAUGUGAGGAAAUACUGAAGAAAGCUUUUCCACCACAAUACAGUUCCAUUAAAGAAGAAGAGCUUGUUGUGUGGGUUGAUCCUCUGGAUGGGACCAAAGAAUACACGGAAGGUCUCCUUGACCAUGUAACAGUUCUUAUUGGAAUUGCUUAUGAAGGUAAAGCAAUAGCAGGAGUUAUUAACCAGCCCUUCUACAACUAUGAGGCAGGAGCAGAUGCCGUGCUGGGUAGGACAAUCUGGGGUGUCCUAGGUUUGGGUGCCUUUGGAUUUCAGCUGAAAGAAGUGCCAGCUGGGAAACACAUCAUCACUACUACCCGUUCACACAGCAAUAAGCUGGUAAAUGAUUGCAUUAGUGCAAUGAACCCUGAUAGUGUGGUGAGAGUUGGAGGUGCAGGAAAUAAGAUCAUUCAGCUUAUAGAAGGCAAGGCUUCUGCUUAUGUGUUUGCUAGUCCUGGGUGCAAGAAGUGGGAUACGUGUGCUCCCGAGGCUAUUUUACAUGCUGUGGGAGGCAAGUUGACUGAUAUCCAUGGAAAUCCUUUUCAUUAUAACAAGGAGGUGAAACACAUGAAUUCAGCAGGAGUCCUUGCCACGCUGAAAAACUUUGACUACUAUGCGAGUCGUGUUCCAGAGAGCGUUAAACAAGCCCUUGUGCCUUAAAGGAGGAAGGCAACUUCCUCUGGGCUGUGAAAAAAACAUUAACAUAAUAUUUCAAGCUAACUGCCAAAUGAGCUUGAAAAUUUGUUUUAUGAAAUCUGAGCCUAGAUUCAUUCUGAUAUUGUGCUGAUCAGUGAUUUGUUUUAGAAAUUAGUGUACAGAAUGUCUAGAUACACUGCUAAAUCUGAUUGUUUAGGGGGGAAAAACCUACAGUAGUUUUACCAGGUAACAGGUGACAGUUUUUCAAUAUUCACAGUAGAUGGUUUUUCCUUCCCUUUGUAAGUAAGGAACCCAAGGAAAGUUCUGUUCUUGUGAAUAGAUUUUGUGCAAUUAUACUGUGUACAUUUGUAUCACAUAAUAAUGUCACAGUCCAAAUCUAUUUCCUUAACUAAUUUCAGGGCACGAAACCAUAGCCUGAAUUUGCUCAACAUCUUUUGUUGUACAUAGACAGCAAUACUUAGUUCACUUUAUAUAUUGACAAUAAAUAAUUUGUUUUGGGUCCAACUGCUUUAAUAAAGUUACUGUUAUUGAUUCUUAA